CUUUUUCAACAACAUCAAAAAUCACAAACAACAAUAAUGACAAUCCUAAUGUUUCUAGAGGCAGCAGUAACAACAAUAAUCUGAACUUUUCAAAAUUUGAUGGUAUUGUACUAGAUGUAUUCAAGGAUGGUACGUUAAGUCAAACUAUUGGAUCAAAUAAACUUUCUGAAAAAUUUCAACAAACAAUCAAAAAAAAACUUGGAUAUUAUGGAUGUAGUAAAGGAAAUUUAGGUGAAUGUAAAUAUGGUAACAGUUUUCCUAAAAAAAUUGCUAUUGUUGGAUUGGGCAAAAGAAGAGAUUUCAAAAACCCUAGUAAUGAUCAAGAGUUAUAUGAGGUUUUGGAAAUUGCUAGAAAUGUGUCAGCUGUUGGAGUUUGCAGUCUAAGAGAAAAUAACGCUAAAAAUAUUUUAGUUGAUGUCAUGAAUAAUGAACACGGUGCUGCUGAAGGAGCAAUACUUGGAUUAUAUAAUUACAAUACUUUAAAAUCUUUAUCAUGGGAAACUGGUUUGAUUUAUGCAGAAGCACAGAAUUUUGCUUGUACACUAAUGGAAGCGCCAGCAAAUUAUAUGACCCCAACAAACUUUACUGAAUAUGUGCAAUAA